AUGUGUUUCCGCAGGCACAGCGAGGUCCUCAUCACGCGUAUACUCUCAAAGAGCUGUGGUGGCGUAUGGAACAGCCCCAAUCCAUACGCAGAUAUCUGCCAGAUCACCGCAGAUCUGGAAUUUGCAGUGCAUCGUCAAUUCUUGCUACAAUCACACGUCGAAGACGCCUUCGCGGUUGCCUGGCGUCUCUUUACCGCGAUGGAACUGGAAGAAAUCCUCUACCCGAUUGCUCGGGAGCUUGCCUGGGGCUACCACCUCGACGGCCGGACCCAGGACGCCAUCAGGUUCCUGAAGGCAAUUCAUCACCACCAGAAACCGUAUAUGCUCCCCUCUUACCGGAGCAUCUCGCCCGCUUUGCUGCCUGUGGCAAGUUUGCUGCAUUACUUCCUUGGUGAUGCCAACGACACGGCACAAUGCGAAUUAGUUGCCAAAGAGAUCAAACAUCUUGCCGAGCUCAAGAACCGCUACACUACAUUCCUCUGGCUUACCAACCUCACAUCUGAGCAGAGCAGGAACUGUGUGUUCACGCUUUUCUUCCCGCCACAGCCGCCUUUUGUUUUGCAUUCAGAGCCUCUGAUGCACGUUUAG